ACUUUUGGAAACCCCGUGCGUGGAGGCCUGCGGCGGCGCCAUUUUUUCGUCCCGAGUGAAGAAAGAAGCUGCGCGUCGCCAUCAAGCUUCAUUCUUGCAAUUUUCAUUUUCUACUUUCGUCAAGCGCUCCGAGUCCUUUCGGCGGAUCUACAUCAUUUCGUACGCCUCUGGUUCGUCCGCCAUUUUUCGGUUUUGUCGCGUUUGAAGCCGCCUUGAUGCUCACCGACAUCGGAUACGUGUUAGCAUGUGUCGCGCGUGUCAAGCCGGCAUUUUGUCGACGAGGCUUUCGACAUCUUUGCAUUUGCGCUCCCCAAAUACUUGACGGUCGGCGGCUAUUUGGAAUUGACGCCGAGCUCGCUUAAAUCUUUGCGACAAAGACUUCCAAGGGGUUGCACGUAAGAAGCUUGUUGGCUAGCAGAGGUGUGGUGUGUGUGUGUAAAACUUAAAAGAGCAAUUAUUUUACACGAGACAGCAUUAUCGCGCAAUUCUUUAAAGACGAUCCCGGCAAUGUAUCAUUUUCCUGUGCUUGAUAUUUAAGUUAUGAGCCUUUAAAUUGCUAGCCAACUUAAUACGAAGACAAUAGCGGUCAAGAUUUUAGGUGUGGUGUGACCUUUUUGUUAAAUCUCAAACUCAUAACGUGUUUAAUGUUGGUACUUUCGAAACGUUGGUAUCAUCGGAAAGCUUGCUGAACUCGCAGAAACAACAUAUUAGAGCUGGGAGAUUAUGAAGGAAAAAAAAAAGAAUCACGAUUAUUUUGACGAUAGAAAUAAUUAAUAAACCCAAUUAUUUAUUGAUUUAAACAUGUAUUUUUUCCACCACUAAAGCAAAUUUAAAAACAGAAGAAAACGAGUUUGUAACAAGUAAUGUUAAAAUAGUAGCAAUAAAACCAAAUACAAAUAAAUAAGUGCUGUACCUGCUGUGCAGGUCUUGGCCUUUUAGGGGCAGUGUGGUGCAUGUAUGGAGAUACACUUAGAGUAAAAUAAAGAGUAAAAGAAGAAAGUGGCGAUCUUUUUUUUUUAACUUGUUUCUCGAGAUUAAAAAGAAUAUAUAUGCCUGUGAGUAUUGUUAUGUUAUUAUACCCGGUUGUGUUCCUACAGCGGUUGUGUGUGAAUAUUCGUUUUUUGAAGGGAAAUCCUCCUUGGAUAUCUGUUAAUUUUUGCAAGCCGGUCAGUAAGUUUUCCAUUGAGUGCUAGCAUUAAACUAGUGAUUUUUUUUAAGCGAAUUGUCUUUGAUUUAAAUAUACGUGUCUAAUUCUUUUUGUUGUGUUUAGUGUAACAGUAAACCCCAACUCUGGUGUCAAAACACCUUGAAGCACGGAGGGCAGAAUAACAUGUCACGCUUGCAACUGCAAGCAACAGGGGUAUUUACAGGGUGCCUUUACAAUGCAGGAACUUGCAUACGCGUUGGGUUUUGGCACAUAGGUUUUCUGAUCAUAAUAAUAUGAUGUCAAGUCAAACUAGAAAAUGGGGCACUCAAAACUUGCAUCCAAAAAACAAACUAAGAGUUGAGAAUGAACAAACAUUCCCUAAAUUGUUAAAAUCUGUAGUGUGGAACAAAUACAGCACAGUAAAGAGGCAUUUGUAGUGGAUCAAAUUCAUGAGAUUAUCUUUGAAAGCGACAGAAAAUUUGGGCCAUCAAUAUUAGAGCCAUCACUAUCGAAUCUUUUUUAGAAUCGAUUAUCCUAUAGAUAUUUCGACUAACCGAGUCAUACCCCCCCCCCCCACCCCACCCCCAAAAAAACAUUUUUUUUAAACUAAUAAUCAGGUAAUUGGAUGUAUACAGUCACCCCCACCCCCAAAAAUGCAAAAACUUGGGGGGGAUUAAAAAAAAGAUCCAUGAGGCCCUCGGUUGAAGCUUCGGUCUGUCGGCUUCGAGUGACCACUCUGAGUGCACCUCGGGCGGGUAUGGGUGAGCCGAUGGCCACUAUAAAAGCAAUACAUCCGUCACUCACCAGCCCCACAGAGCGAGCAUCUUGGGCGGCCAAUGUUGUUGAUUUUAUGCUUGAAUUUGAACACAAAUUAGUUUCUAUUUCCAGCUUUCCGCAUAAAUCAAGUAUGUUGCACCUAGCAAUGCAAGUGUAAGAGUCUAUUACAACUUAACAAUAGUUAACACAUCUGCAUCUGGACACAGAAAACUGUAGUUGAAAUCCCGGGCACGGACAGAAACAACCAGGAGAGUCAAGGCAAGACGCUAUAUCCCAAUUCCAGCCGAAUAUGGGUGGAUGGCAGCCUGCCUGACUGAACUGUUUGUCCCUGUAGUACCAACUGUCCACCAAUAGAGGGUGAUAAUACACUGAAGGGAAUUUGAAUACAGUUGAAUGGGGGUGCAGUAUAUGGUUAUGGCUGUAUGGAAAGUGGUGUAAAGCGGCGGAGCUUAGGCAGUGAUACCUGUGACGUAUUUUUGAAGUUGAUUUAUCCAAGUAAAGUGGUUUUGUGGCAGCGCGGUGGUCGACUGGUUACAGCGUCUACCUCACAGUUCUGAGGACCGGGGUUCAAUCAAUCCCCGGCCCCGCCUGUGUGGAGUUUGCAUGUUCUCCCCGUGCCUGCGUGGGUUUGCUACGGGCACUCGGGUUUCCUCCCACAUCCCAAAAACAUGCACGGUAUGUUAAUUGAAGACUCUAAAUUGCCCGUAGGUGUGAGUGCGAGUGGUUUGUUCGUAUGUGCCCUGCGAUUGGCUGGCGACCAGUUCAGGGUGUACCCCGCCUCCUGCCCGAUGAUAGCUGGGAUAGGCUCCAGCACUGCCGCGACCCUUGUGAGGAUAAGCGGCUCAGAAAUUGGAUGGAGGUGGUUUUGUUUCCCAGACCUCAUCAAUAUCUUUCUCGUAUUUUAUGUUUUUGACAGUCAUUUGUUCGCUGUAAAUUUUGGGAAAUAUCCGAGAACUGUAGGAUGUAAGCUUGGUCGGUACCAAAUAUUUGAAAUGCUGGAUAAACUAGGCAAUAUGUUCUAUGUCAUCAGUUUCAGUGUACAGAGGUAGGAAAAUAAUAAUGCAGUGCACUAGGGAUGCACGAUUGUGGCCAAAAUAAUAAUCACGAUUAUUUUAAUCAGUUGUAAUCACGAUAAUAAUCACAAUUAUUACUCAUGUUAGGGAAGAAUUUAUUUUUUUGCACAACCUUUCAACAAACAAUGUCAUAGUAUUCAGUGUAAAAUGAAUCAUUAAACAAGAAUAAAUGAUGAUAAAAAAUUUACCCCCCAAAAAAUUUACAAGGGCCAAGUGAAGAAAUAUGCUAUUAUGAAGUGCAAUCACAAAUCGCAACUUAAUGGAAGCAACUACAGUUUAUGCAUAAAGGGCAACGACAUUGGGCUGGCAGCACAGACUUCAUUUGAAAAUCCCCAUCAAUAUAGUGAAUUGUCAGGGGCGGUACACCUCUGUUGUUCUUGACCAUUAGUCAGUGGUGCACGGUCACAAACUGCAAAGAAGUCGAGAGUUUUGAUUUCCCUCUCUAUUUACUUCUGGUGGGGUUUUGACUGCAGUCAGGCCAGCCGAAAAGUUGAAGUCAAGGCAGCUGCUACGCUGAUUGCAAAUAGUCUCUUACUGUGACACAGCGCCUCUCUGGCAACGUGCUGAUAGGCCUAGCUUCAAAAUAAAAGCAUGUUAACUACAUUGGAUAUCAGUGCCAUUUUAGGCUUUUAUUUUUGAAGUUGGCCACAGAAUGCUGUGCUGGAACUUAAUGAAGCCUUAACCCAGUACUUCUCAAAUAGUGGGCCAGGGGUGUCGCGUUGCGAUGUCAAGGGGGGGCGUGUGAGACCCAGAAGAAAAUGAUUUGCAGUACUAGGAUAAAGUGUCAUUGCACAUCCACUGCAAUAGAUGGCAUUGUAUGUGUCUUUCUCUUGUACUUUCUUCACUGUUUAUAAUGAUUCGAUUAGAUUAUCCUUUAUAUAAAAUUUUAUAUAGAGGUAUACUCAAGGCAGCUGCGGGUGAGGGGGGUCGCAAUUUUUUUUUUUCUUACUACGGGGGUCGUAACAGAAAACAAUUGAGAAGCACUGCCUUAACCAUACGUUGCCACUCCCCUGGUGGCUGGCUGUCUAGGUUGCGGGCACAGUUAAGCAUGUUUCAUAUGCUGCAGUGCAUGCGGCGAGUCUCAUUCAAUCGUGGUAACCAAAAUCACGAUCACGAUUAAAAUUGUGCAGCCCUCCAUUACACCUAUAUAGUGCUUUUCUAGGCACUCAAAGAUGCUUUGCAAUUUCACUUGGUAUUCAUUCACUCCACAGUCACGGCCUGGUGGUGAUAAGCUACUUCUGUAGCCACAGCUGCCCUGGGACAGUGACAGAAGCGUAGCUGCCAUUCUGCGUCUACAGUUUUGUGGGUUAAGCGUCUUGCCCAGGGACACAACGAUGACAUGCGGACGGGCGGGGAUACUAACCGGCGUACCUCUGGUUGCAGGGUGUACUCUUACCCUCUGUGUGACUCCGCCCGAUAAUGCCAACAUGGAAUAAAACGGUUGGAUCGCUAUUCAGGUUGCGUGAUGGAGCGUGUAGUUGGUUGAGUGACCACUGUCGACAACCAGCCAGCGGCGGAUACAUGUGUACCUCCUUUUUGUCUGCUUGCUUUUAAUGGCGCUGUGAUGUCACAGAUUUCCAAGGGACAUGGCCACCGAUCACGUCAACGGGAACGGGACAGAGGAACCGAUGGACACGACGGCAGCUGUCUCGCGCUCGAAACACUUCCAGGCCUUACUGGAAGCUGACUUACCUCAAAAAGUGGCCGAGAAGCUUGACGAGCUCUACAUUGCAGGUCUGGUAGCACACAGUGACCUGGACGAAAGAGCUAUCGAGGCUCUGAAGGAGUUCAACGAGGAGGGAGCCCUCCAGGUUCUGCUGCAGUUCAAAGAGAGCGACCUGUCCCACGUUCAGAACAAAAGUGCCUAUCUGUGCGGUGUAAUGAAGACGUACAGGCAGCGCGAGAAACAAGGGGCCAAGGUGGCCGACGCCACCAAAGGACCGGAUGAGGCCAAAAUCAAAGAACUCUUGGACAGAACCAAGUACACCCUCGAUGUAACGACAGGCCAGCGGAAGUAUGGUGGACCCCCGCCUGAGUCGGUAUACAUGGGGAUUCAACCCACCGUGGGAACAGAGAUCUUUGUAGGCAAGAUUCCCAGGGACCUGUUUGAAGAUGAGCUGGUUCCUCUCUUUGAAAAGGCGGGGCCUAUAUGGGACCUUCGCCUCAUGAUGGACCCUCUGAGCGGCCUGAACCGAGGCUACGCCUUCGUCACCUUCUGCACCAAGGAGGCAGCGCAGGAGGCCGUCAAGCUGUGCAACAAUCGUGAGAUCCGUCCCGGCAAGCACAUCGGCGUGUGCAUCUCUGUGGCCAACAACCGUCUGUUUGUGGGCUCCAUCCCCAAAAACAAAACCAAAGAGCAGAUCGAAGAGGAGUUCUCCAAAGUCACAGAGGGCCUCAGCGACGUCAUCCUGUACCAUCAGCCCGACGACAAGAAGAAGAACCGAGGUUUCUGCUUCUUGGAGUACGAAGACCAUAAAACUGCAGCUCAGGCGCGCCGCCGCCUUAUGAGCGGCAAGGUGAAGGUUUGGAACAACGUGGUGACGGUGGAGUGGGCAGACCCCAUCGAGGACCCGGACCCCGAAGUCAUGGCUAAGGUGAAAGUGUUGUUCGUGCGCAAUCUGGCCAACAGCGUCACCGAGGAGAUCCUGGAGACGAGCUUCAGCCAGUUUGGAAAAGUGGACAGAGUGAAAAAGCUCAAAGACUACGCUUUUGUCCACUUCGAAGAGCGCGACGGCGCCGUCAAGGCGCUGGCUGAGAUGAACGGCAAGGAGCUGGAAGGCGAGCCUGUCGAAAUCGUCUUCGCUAAGCCGCCCGAUCAGAAAAGGAAGGAACGCAAAGUUCAGCGACAAGCAGCCAAGACGCAAAUGUAUGACGACUAUUACUAUUACUCUCCCCCACAACACAUCCCGGCUCCCAGUAGGGGGAGGGGUCGAGGUGGGAGCCGCGGCGCCGGCUACUCGUACACCCCCGACUACUACGGCUACGAGGACUACUACGACUACUACGGCUACGACUACAACUACCGCGGCGGCGGCUACGACGACCCCUACUAUGGCUACGAUGACUUCCAGACCCCCGCCUGGGGCCGCGGCGGCAGGGGCGCCAGGGGCGGCGCCUCCCCGGGCCGAGGGCGCGGCGGAACCGGGCCGUCCCGAGGCCGAGCCGGCUUCUCUCAGCGUGGGGGCGGCGGGCCGGGACCCGGAGCGGUCCGCGGAGGGCGCGGCGCCAGAGGCUCGGUGCAGCCGCGAGGGCGAGGAGGGCAGGGGGAAGGCGCCCGGGCCGGUCCCGAUGUGUCGCCGUGACGACCGAGCGCCGCCGGCGGACACCGUGGUAAGGUCACGUGACUCACUGCUCCGAUGCUGAUUGGUCCUUUCCUGACACAUGACGUCCGCGGAGGAUGAACUACCUCACGCGCUCUCCGGCUCCUCUGGACCGCGCGCCGUCGUCGCUUCGCUGGCUGAAGAAGUGCCGGCAAACGCGUCUUCCGCGAUUGACAUGCGAGGUCGAGGUGUUUGCGGGGUCGGCGUCCAUCCAGCCGCUCUCAGGAUGAUGUCGUGUUCCUUUUCACGUACGGCGAGGCGCCACGUCAAGAUUUGUUCAAAUGUCAUUCGACUGAUCGAGCGAUCGCUCGCUGCCGAUCACCAGCGUUGUGCUAUUGAUCGGCAUGUGAAGCGUUUGAAUGGCAUGCUGGGAAAUCUUUAUUUAGAAAUGCCAAAAAUUCACCGGUGACAUUUAAAGGGAAAAAACAUCCGGAUUGAGCAACUUGCUUUUGCUUUAUUUGUGAAGAUUUGUCCCCCCCCCCACCCCCUUUUUUUUUUUUUUUUUUUUUUAUUUUGCGCAAAUGCAAUGUUUUGUACUGUGCGAUAACUUCUAUUUUUCUAAUAAACUUGGGGAAAACUUUUUGCCAAGUAGGAGAAAAAGGAUGCCGUAUUCAAAAUGAAGAUUGUUGUAAAUAUUUUAAAUAAAAAUGCAAUAAAAU